ACCAGCCCCGGCACAGGGAGGCGCCGCCCGAGGGCGGUCGGGGGCGGCCGGACCGUGCCCACGGCAGCGCCGCGCCCCGUCUGGGGCCCGCGGAAGGGUCGAGCCCCUUCGGAGCCGCCCUGCCCCCGCCGCCCCUUCACCCGCUUGAAAAUGCCAACUCACAGCACGCGGGGCAUGCCGGGAGCGCCCCGCCGCACUACAACUCCCGGCAUGCCCCGCGGCGGGGUGGCCCCGUCCGUUCCCAAGGCGACCGCCGCCCGGCCGGGAGGGAGGCAAACGCUCUCCCUGCGGGGUGGGCGAGGCAGAGCGCUCUCCUCGCCUUCCCAUUGGCUGAGCGGCGGGUCGCGCCGGGCCGCCAUUGGCGGGAGCGGGCGGCAAUCGCGGCGCGGGGCGGGCGCGGUGCGCGCCGGCGGUGCCGGCCGGCGAUUGGCCCGGGGGCGUGGCCGGGGGGCGUGGCCGGGGGGCGGCUGCGUCAUGACUCCGCCAGCUGAUCCGGGACGGAGCCGGCGCUCGGCGGGGGGAGGCGGCGGCGGCACCACCGGCACCGGGCACGGCCGGGGCGGCACCGGCGGGGCGGCGGCACCGGCGCUGGGCCAAGUUUGGCCCAGCCGAGCCGCGCAGGACGCGGCUGGCUCCCGUCCAGGUGGGACCCUGCCAGCGCUGAUGGAUGCCCGAGGUGAGCCCUGGGAACGCCGUAACCCCUACCUGCAGUGGCCUCCCUGCUGCGGCCACCGGGCCCUGCCAGAGCAGGUGCUGCCGUGCCACCCUGCUCCUGGCUAACCAGCACCAGUUCUUCAGUGGCAAGCUUUAUGUCCUUCUCCAGUAGCUAAAGCUGCCAGUUGAAGAACUGUUGAAUGUAGCCACUCUCUUCUCAUCACUGGGACAUUGGAUGCCAGCCAGAGCCCUGAGCGACCAGGAUGAGCCACUCUGCAGCGUCCUGUGGUUGGAAGGCUGAGGAUGAGUUCAACCAGGAUGAAGAAAGUCUCCUCGAAGCCUCCAGACAGAGCCUUGGCUGGAGGAUUGCCAAGCAGCCAUACCAGCAGGGCUGUCAAACUCAGUGUCCCUCCCUCAGUGGGGUGGCACUGAGCUGGGAGGUGACUAGAGGAGACUGAGAGAAGCAUUAAACGUUGUUUUGCUCAA